AUGGCAAGUUCCGGUACCUCCAUUCCGGAAAAUCCAGUCGACUCAGAUCAAUACAAUCAAGCCAAAAACCUUGCAUUUUCCUUAGAGAUGGAAGAAUUACAAGGGUUGAGAGAUGAGGUUCAUGGGGAGAUAAAUAGACGUGCCAUUGAGAUUGUUGAUCGUCAGAGAGAGGAGGAUGAAAAGAAGAAGACGGAAGAGGAAGAGACAGAAUCGUUAUAUGUUGCUUGGUUGCCGAAGCAUUUUGAGAGAUCAGAUAGAAAGAUGGAAGAAAGGUCAGAGAGAAAUCAGAAAGGACCAAGAUAUGGGUAUGGAUAUCAUUUAGAGGAGAUAAACACCAGUGAUGAAGGAUCUGAUGCUGUUGAGGACAGACGAAGAAUGGAGAGGUAUGAAGAAUGGAGGUUGCGAAGGCGGUUCGAGUUUGAAAGAGCAAAUCCAAAGAUUUUUGCAAGAACCAUGCAGGAAGGUGAGCCCAAAGUUGAAAGACAACCACUAGUGAGGAUUGAACCCAGAGAUGCUCAUGUUGAUGAUUCCAGUGCAACUGAUGAUGAUCUUCUCGAUGUCUCCAGAGAAAGUGAAGAGGAUGAGAGCAAUGAUGAGGAUGAGUCGUCAUCUGGAGAGAGUGAUACUUCUCAUGCAUCGUCUGGAAGCAGCUGCAGCGAGAGGUAUGAAGAGGAUGAGGAUUGGAGUUAUGAUGAUGAGGACUACUAA